GAGGUCAUUUGUUGUUGCUUGCGAUUGCUCUCUCGCGGUCGCUCCUCCUGCUUAGAGUCUACUCCUGCUGCUUCCAAUUUAGAAGUGCUAAGGUUACUUUUACUGCUCAUUUGUUUACAUUCUCCUCCCUCCUCACUUAAUCCGUAAUUCGGCGCAAAUGUCGAGAACGAGCUAACAACGUGGAGACGUCCGAGACCACAGGUUGGUCGACAUGCCUUACUACGUGAGCGACGUGAACCCUGACUACACGGCAGCCCUGGGAUUAUUCCAGCACCUCAACACCGAGGAGCUGCAGAAACUCCUAAACGAUGAUGACCGUGUCGACAGCAUGGUCAAGGACCUCCAACAGGUGAAGAACGCCGAGAAUGAACGUGAGAUGCUCCUGGCCAGCAACAAGAGCCUGGCUGACUUCAACCUGUCCAGGGAGCCCAAGCUAAGGCAGUCACGUCAGCAGCUGAAGGAGCUGUACGAACAGGCGCAAGAGUUGAUGAACGAAGUGGAGCAGAACAAGAAAACGCUUGAUUCAUUGGGAGGCCAGUCAUCCCUUGAGACAACGUUGGCACUACUACAGACCUCAGCAGCAGAGGCAGAGGAAGAGUCAGAGAAGAUAGCCUCAAGCUUCCUAGACGGCGAGCGGACGGUGGAGUCGUUCCUGGAGGAGUUCGUGGAAGCGCGCAAGCUUGCACACUCCCGUCGCAUCAAGGCGGAGAAAAUGACCGAGUUACUGACACGCCGCCUUCCAAGGCCCAUGGGGGGCAGCGUGCCAAGCCGGCCCGCACCGCCCGCACCUGCCUAUCCUCUUCCACCCACGGGUCCCAUGCCUCCCUACCCAACCACACACUAUCCUAUGCCCAUGCCUUACAUCUACUCCAUGGAGCCACCUCGUUCCUUGCAGACACGAUCGCCAUUGCCUGAGCUACAAUGCCGCACUUGGUCAUUUGGAAUGUUCUAAUCUGGCGAGGGACCGCUUAUGGAAAGCUGUCAUAUAGUAUACGGCUUAGGAACAAGCUGAAUGUUUGCUGUAUUAAUAAAAAGAACUAUGUUAUACAAUUAUACAAUAGAUCGGCCCAACGAAAUUCUUACGGACAUGCCUCUCCGUUUGACGAGAUGGUUUAUUGAAGAAUACGUAAGCUUGCAGUGACCGCUGUAGGGGAACAGUUUUUAAUGUUGGGCGUAUGAUGAUGGAGCAUGCCUCCAAACAAGGGUUGUUUUCUCCUUCAGGGGUUUUCAGUGCCUACAUAUAUGUAGUGGUCUGUGUGUGUGGAAUCGCUUACCUACUUUCCACAGUUCUGAUUUGGUACCUCGUUUCUGCACUUUCUUCACCAUUCUUUGCAGGGCUGAAGCAAAGGUGUGAGUGUGUGUGUGCAAGCUUUAGCUUCAGCAGUUGGAUUCGCUGCCUUUAUCCUAGUGCUUCGGAAGAACCAUGAAAAGUUUCGGCCAUCUCUUUUAUCUUGUUAAAACUGAAUUGGCAAAGGCAGGUGUAAUCAAUUUAAUGUGUGCAUUUGAACAUCGGUCAUGGGGCUGAGUGGUCCCGGCUGAAGUAAAAUUGUGCAGUUCUUCGUGCUUUGACGCAAAUGGUGUUAGUCUUGUGAAUUAAACAGAGCUUUUUCUCUGUCAAAACAUUUUUGUUGAAUCUACUACAAUUUUAUGCCCACCUUGUCUACACUUUCAGAGUUUCACUUUUGUUUUUUAUUCAGACCGCUGUUUACUUGCCUACACACGUUUUGCUUGUGUGUGUUGUGUGUGCGUAUGUAUGCAAUGACGUCACUCGAAACAGUAUGGUUUCAUCACACCUUUGUCUUAAGUUCCUCUAGUUCCUUACCAUCUACCUUGGUGUCUUAAAUUUUGAAUCACUCACGACGACUGCUUGCUGUGGCAUUAGCCUGUGUAUGAGGGGUGUCACAGUAGACAUUGCUGACUGGGUUUCAGGAAUGAGUAACGACUCAGGAUGCUAGGGUAGAAAGAGUUUGUUCACAAGGUUGCCGUCAUGUGAUCUUGUGCCAUAAUUUAAUUGUGUAUUUAAUCUCUCGACGAAGUAUGUGUGUUUGUGUGUGUAUGCAGACUCCGUGCCCUAACUGGACUUGUCAGCUUUGCUUUCGGCACAGGCAAUAUAGCUCUAGCUGCUCUUUGAAUCGAAUUGACUACUAUUAUAGUGUGUAUAUCAUAACACCUAGGAAGGGAGGACAAAAUGCAGUAAUGCCCGAUUUGGGCACUAGGCAGCUUUUGUCAAUCUAGCACCAUGGCACAGUGAUGUUGCAUAUUGGUGCUGCGUGUAUUUGUGCAUACAUAGAUAAUCUUAUAUUAAAAGAUCUGCCUGCUGACUUGCAAGUCAGUGCUGGUUCAGUGUACACUGAGAAAGGAGAAGCUCUUUUGUAAACUGUGUAGCAGAGAAUGCAGUAAGACAUCAGUGUGUUGUGCUUGGGAGGCUACAUGCGUAAACUUUUCACUCUAACCAUGUCGCAUUCGGUCACUGCUUGUGGGGAUUGUGUAUGUGAACUUUGGCGCUGAAUGCGUAAAAUAAGUAGUUUUAGGUGUGAGCAACCUCGUACUGGGUUUGCUAUUGGCCAGGUGUACAAAAGAAUGCAAAGAGAGUACAAAAUGAUGCAAAAUACGUUUGGGGCCUAAUUGCACGCAGUGCAAGUGAAAGCUAUGUUAUGAAAGUUAUGUUGUGCAAGUAUGUUCAGCGUAUAUUUUUUGUGAUUUCAUCAUUUAACUGCACUCUCUGGUAUUUGCAAUUGGAGUGCCAUGGCUUCCAUGGCCUUGCUCUCAUCUUGCUGAGUGAAGCCAAAAAUGAGCCUCUUUGUCUGUGUCAUGCAUGCCAAAAGAUGGAGAACUCGUUCAACCGUUGAUGCAACUCUUCGGGUGUGCACCACAAACUGUUUUCUGUGAUUGUUUCUUCUCAGCUGUUGAACAAUACGAAUAAACUACUACUAAAGUCAG